AUGGAAGGAAGAAGGCGAGAAGUGGUCGUUUCAUCUCUUCAAUUCUCCUGCUCCGACGAUAUCUCCUCCAACGUCGCCGCCGCCGAAAGGCUGGUCAGAGAAGCACACGCUAAAGGAGCAAACAUCGUCCUUAUUCAGGAACUUUUUGAGGGAUAUUACUUCUGUCAAGCUCAAAGAGAGGAUUUCUUUCAGCGAGCCAAGCCUUACAAGAACCAUCCUACCAUUGCAAGGAUGCAGAAUCUGGCAAAGGAGUUGGGUGUCGUGAUACCGGUUAGCUUCUUUGAGGAAGCUAAUAAUGCACAUUACAACUCUAUUGCCAUUAUCGAUGCUGAUGGGGCUGAUCUUGGGAUUUAUAGGAAGUCUCAUAUUCCUGAUGGACCUGGUUACCAAGAGAAGUUUUAUUUUAAUCCUGGUGACACUGGCUUUAAGGUAGUUUUCCAGACAAAGUUUGCAAAGAUUGGAGUAGCAAUAUGUUGGGAUCAGUGGUUUCCUGAGGCAGCUCGAGCUAUGGUUCUACAGGGUGCUGAAGUUUUGUUUUAUCCCACCGCCAUUGGUUCUGAACCCCAAGACCAGGGUUUGGAUUCGCGUGAUCAUUGGAGGAGAGUCAUGCAAGGGCAUGCUGGAGCCAACGUGGUGCCUCUAGUCGCUUCAAAUCGCAUAGGGAAGGAAGUGAUUGAAACUGAGCAUGGACCAAGUCAGAUCACUUUCUAUGGGAACUCCUUCAUUGCUGGACCAACUGGUGAAAUUGUGGCUGAGGCUGAUGACAAAACGGAAGCUGUUCUUGUGGAAAAGUUCGAUCUUGAGCAGAUCAAGUCGAAAAGGCAAAGUUGGGGAGUGUUCCGUGACCGCCGUCCAGAGUUGUACAAGGUGCUUCUCACAAUGGACGGUAACCUUUGAAAGCUUUUGAUGUUGAAAGAUUUCUUGUUACCUGUUUGAGUUGCUUUAAGAUGACACUGGGGAAAAAAUCUGUCACUAAUAUUACUGGCUUGAUAUUGGCAACUCAAAAAAUAAAUACAGCCCAAAAUCUGUUGUGGCUCUUUCAUGAACAGAGUACAUGAAUCAUUUGUGUUUGUCGUUUACUUAACGAAUAAUGUAAGUGUCAAAUGAAAAAGGAAGACGUCAUAUUCCUCUCUCUGAGCGUUUUCUCUGUGAGGUUAUUCAGCACUUCAUCACUUGGACCGCAUACAUCAACG